AUGCACCCCAUCCCCGAACAAAUCGACGUCCUCGUAUGUGGCGCUGGCCCUGCCGGCCUGCUGACAGCUCUUGGUCUCGAGCAGCAAGGCAUCAACACGCUCGUGAUAGAUAAGAGAGCGCGCGACGAACAAGAAGCCACGGGGCGGGCGACAACCCUGUUCCCCCGGUCGCUGGAGCUUCUUGAUCAGCUCGGAUUGACCGACGACAUCACACAGGAAUGCUUCAUCGCCCGCUCGGACGCAACAUUUAACAACGGUGUUCGAAGCACGGAACGGGGAUGGCAUGAGGUAUUCGCCAGCAUGAGGGGCACCUACCACGACUAUUGCGUCAACAUCCGUCAGAGGUACUCCGAGGAGAUCUUUGGCGCCAAAUAUGCAACCCUCUCCAGCACGCCCAUACUUUAUGGAUGGGGCCUUGUGGGCUUCGAGCUCGAGAAGCUUGAAGGGGACGAUGACAACAUCACGGCAAUCCUCGCCAAUUCGAGCUCGGGACAGGAAGCACGCGUUCGCUGCAAAUAUCUUGUUGGCGCGGACGGCGGCAAUUCAACAGUACGCCGGCUCGCUGGCAUCACCAUGGAAGGAGAUGAGACUACCAUGAAGUGGAUCCGACUCGAUGGCAAAUUCGAGACGGAUUUACCCGAUGCGAACCUGGGCUUUGCUGCCAUUGAGACCAAGACACAUGGCAAUGUACUCUGGGUCAGACUCGACAAGGACGCCCACCGUGUUGGUAUCUCUUUGCCGGCAAAGCUGCAAGAGAAGUAUCGCGCCGGAAUAACCCAGGAGCAAGCUGUAGCUGAGGCUGUGCAAGCCAUGCAACCCUUCAAGCUCGACGUACAACGCGUCGAUUGGUGGACCCUCUACAGUAUCAAGCAGAAAGUCGCUGUCACCCUUCAGCAGAACGACUUCAUCCUCCUCGUUGGCGAUGCCGCCCAUACGCACUCCUCUGGAUUCGCUCAGGGAAUGAACACGGCCAUUCAUGAUGCUACCAACCUGAUUUGGAAGCUCUCUGGGACUCUCAAGGGCUGGUAUUCGCCCUCCACGGUGCUGCCAUCGUAUGCAACCGAGCGUCACGCAGCCGCCCGUAAGCUCAUCUCCAUUGAUGUGGCUGCGUCUGCCGCCAUCUCUGGAGCCAUUCCUGACGGGUACGGGCCAGCGGAUUCAGAUCCAGAUGAUGUGCUUGCCCGUGUGGUUGCGGACAAUACCAACUUUACCCUGGGCGCGGGUGUUCAGUAUGGGCCAUCGUGCAUAAAUCGGUUGGCCAACACCACAUCGGUGUCACUUGGCAAUCGCGCGCCUGAUGCCUUGGUCCGUCGUCCCGGAAUUCGCCUCCCUCGCAGGCUUCAAGAGAUUGCCCUUGUCAAUGGGCCGGGCAAAUGGUUUGUGCUCGUCUUCGGAGGCUGGCAUCUGGCGACUAGGGACAGGGUCAAUGCGCUCCGAGAGGAGAUCAACACAGGAGGACUUGGCAAAACACCCCGGGAGAUGCUGAACAUGGCUACUUUGUUUGUCGGGGUGGCUGCAAAUGCCUGGGAUGCCCUUGGAGGGCCCGCAAUCGGCAGGCUUUACUUUGAUCACGACGGAGACGCCCACAGCAAGUACUGCAUCUCACUGGAUGACGGAGCCAUCGUCGUGAUCCGGCCCGACGGCGUCUUUGGUUUCGCUGCCCGUCUGCAUGAGUUGGCAAAGGUCAAGGACUACUUCGAAGGCUUUUGUCUAUGAGCUUCCCCGUCAUGUUUUAGGUGGUUGGUGAGACAUUUCCACUACUUCACUCGAAUUGAACC